UUUUCUCUGAGCUCUGGCCUCUUUGAAAGAAGCCAAUUCUCUGGGUAACGUCUUCAAGGAGAGAGAUACAAGAGGUUCCUGGACCUUCUAAACAUAGGGAGCCCACGUAAUGGUGCAAGAAGGGCAACCUCAAGGUAGAGAGAAAGCAGUAUGGUGGUUCCAAGUGAGGCUCUGGUCUGUUGCUGUGAUUUCCAUAGCACUCCUUGGGGUUCGUUUCAUUGUGAGCUGUGUGGUGACUUAUUUUACAUAUGACAAAACUGGCAAAAAGCUGUCUGAACUACAUACAUAUUAUUCAAGUCUAACCUGCUUCAGUGAAGGGACAAGGGUGACAGAAAAAGCCUGGGGAUGUUGUCCAAGUACUUGGAAGUCAUUUGGUUCCAGCUGCUACCUCAUUUCCACUGAACAAAAUUUUUGGACCAAGAGUGAGCAGAACUGUGUUGGGAUGGGGGCUCAUUUGGUGGUGAUCAACACAGAAGCAGAGCAGAAUUUCAUUGUCCAGCAGCUGAAUGAAUCACUUUCUUAUUUUCUGGGACUCUCAGAUCCACAAGGGACUGGCAAUUGGCAAUGGAUUGAUAAGACACCUUACAUGGAAAAUGUCAGAUUAUGGCAUCAGAAUGAGCCCAAUUUUUCUGCAGAGGAAUGUGCUUCAAUAGUUUUCUGGAAUCAUAGAGGAUGGGGCUGGAAUGAUGUUUUCUGUGAUUCUAAUAGGAAUUCAAUAUGUGAGAUGAAGAAGAUUUACCUAUGAGUGGAACUUUAUUCAUUGAUGCCUUUAAAAUUGAGACCUGUCAUAAAAUGAUAAUUUCCUCUUAUAAUUUAUGUAUAAUCCUUAACAUAGAGGUUCAUGGAAAUAUUCAGAUGCCUUUCUCCCUUCAAUCAUCUCUCUUCUAGUUUCCUCUUUUCCACUGAUAGUUCCAUCUUUUCCAAUGAUAGAAUGAACUCUUCCUUCCUUUUUUUUCCUUUAGUUUGUUAUUCAUUCUUUUCUUUCCUUUCUUCAUACUUCUUUUCACAAACAUUUCUUGUGCCGGAUAGCAUACUAUUUUGUCUAUUAGAAGACUCAUGAGGAGGUAACUUCUGAAAAUUAUGACUUUCCUUCCUCAAAAUGCCAUUGAUAAAUCCUUUUGGUCAAGAUAGUGACUGGGACUGCAAUCAUCUGAAGGCCUGGCAAGAGCUGAAGGAUACACUUUUUAGAUUCUCACUCACAUGACUGGCAACGUGGUAUUGGCUACUGGUAGGAGGCCUUAGUUCCUCAUCACAGGGAACUCUGCAAAGGGUUAUUUGAGUAGCCUCACAAUAUGGUGGCUGGCUUCCACCAGAGCAAAUAAUCUAAGAGAGCAAGUAAAAGCAUCAAUGUCUUCUAUAAUCUAGUCUCAGAAGCCAAACACUGUAACUUCUGGUGCAUUCCAUUGAUCACAUAGACCAAACAUGAUAUAAUAGAGAAGGGGACUACCCAAAGGCAUGAAUAACAGAAGGUGAGAAUCAUUGAGAGCCAUCUUGGAGGCUGGCUACCAUAGCAGGAUUUCUUUAAAAA